AUGGCAGCUGAUCAUCACGAGUCAUCGAAUACUAAUGAUAAAAUAAACUUUGUCGAUAAAGAUUUCUUACAUCUUGAAAAUAAAUCUGAUUUAAUUGAAGCACAAAAUCAUAAUGGUUCUUCAUGGAAUAGUGAUAACCAUAUAAAUAUAGAUGACAUUAGUAUCCAAGAAAAAUUUACUAAAAUUCAUCUUCAAAUUUCGAGUGACCUACAGAAUGCAAAUAUCUUGUGGAGUAUUGAUGCAUCUGUUUAUCCACAUAUUGGUUAUUUACCUUAUCUUUUAAUAAUGAACUUAAUGCAUAAAUCAAAUAAAAGAUUGACACUCAUUUCUGAUAUGCAAAACUAUAUCAACAAAUUAAAUGAUGAUUUUAUUGAACAGGAUUCUAAAAUGAUAUCGUGUUAUGAGAUAUUCAGCAAUUUCAAUAUUGGUACUAUAAUGAAGUUUGAUGAUAUUUAUUAUACAAAAGAUUACCAAAAAAGCUUUUUUCGCGUAACACAUUCAAUUAAAAUAGCUGACGCUAUUGAAUGUUUGCGUAAGAAAAUGCCAAUACCAAUUGAUAUUAACAUGGAAUCUACAUCAAAUUUGAUUUUCAUUCUUCUAAUAUUGAAUAAUAUUGUUUAUUUUGAUAUAUCACAUGUACUUAUUGGAGAACAUGAAUUAUCACUCUAUGAAUUAAUUAAAUCGCUAUUAUUAGAUAAAUAUGGAAGAAUAUUGAAUAUUUUAGAAAUACCAAUGUUUCCUAAUGUAUCUGAAAAUAAAAAUAAUUCUCAAUCAAUGGAAAUAAAUCAAAUUUUAUUAGAUUCUUCUCAAUAUCAAAUUUAUGAUCAAAUUUCAUGUUUAGAACCUAGACGAAAAGUAAUGAUUUGUAAUUAUUUUAAAGUUGUCAAUAAUUUGUUUUCACAUGAACAAAUAUUAUUUGAAACUGAUACGAAUUUAGUUGAUAGCAUCGAGAAUAUGAAACGAAGAAUUUUAUUAUCAUCAAACUUACACAAUAAUUAUCCUAUAUAUGUGGCUGCAAGUUUUCUUACUGAUCAAUUUUAUAUUUUAAAAAAACAUUGGAAAAAACAUACGAAUAAAAAAGAUUCAAGUACUGGUACAGGAAAAAGUUUAGAUGGUAUAGAAGGCAAUCGAGAAGGAUUUGAACCUCCAUUAGGAGGAAAAUUCAUAAUUAUCAAUUGGUUCAAUAAAGAAAUUGUUUAUAUGUUAGAUUUAGAUGCACCUGCUGGAUUUUUUAUUGAUUCCAAUCAUUUAUAUAUUGCAAACAAUCGUUUAAAUUAUAUAAGUGUCAUUGAUUUGAACACACGUACUGAAAUUCGACGUAUCGAAAAUCGAGUUUUUAAUUGUUUACAUAGCAUUCAUUACAUGAAAGAAAACCAAACUAUUUUAGUAACUAGUACAGGUAUCGAUGCCAUUAUUCAAAUAAAUUUACAAGGUGAAAUAUUGAACGAUUGGUAUGGUACUGAACAUGAAUAUACGAUGACGCCAAAAGGUGAAAAACGAAUUGUGCCAAGAGAUUUUGAUCAUCAUCAUUAUACUUAUCCUACUCUUCAUCAGACAACUCAUGUUAAUUCAGCGAUCAUUUUGAAUGAAGAAUAUAUCUUAGCUACGCUGUUUCAUCAAGGUUCACUUGUUCGAAUAGAUCGACGAAGUGGGAAAUCAAAAAUCUUACUUUCAGGACUUAAUUGUCCACAUGGAAUAAAGCGUUUUAAAUCAAUAAAAAAACAUGACAUCGAGUGGAUGUUAUGUAAUACAAAACUAAAUGAGAUUCUUUUUCUAGAUGAUGGUUUUACAAUAACUCAGAAAAUGUUUCUCGAAGAUGUUCAUUGGUUACAAGAUGCUUCACAAAUGCAAAACGGAAAUAUUAUUAUUGCUGAUGCUAACAAUUCAAGAAUUAUUGAAAUAGAUCCUAUUUUGAACACUGUUACAAGUGAAUUUAAUUAUUCGACUGAUUGGCGUAUCUAUCAAAUUAGUGAUCUGACCGAUUUUCAGACGAGUUUUAUUCCUACUCAAACUGAAUAA